AUGCAAGACCUCGCCCACCAUGCGGCGGACGUCCUGAGGUACGGGGCGCAGGCGCUGGGGGCCACACCCUCGUGCCUGGGCCUCGUCACGGCCUACGCGGUGGCCGCGCUGACCGUCGGCCUCGCCGUCGGGACCGUGGGAGGUCCGAGACGCUCGAGCACGCGCCCCAGCGUUGCAGUGAUGGCGGGCAGCUUCCACGUGCUGCGCUACCGCGUCGGUGGCGUGCCCCUCUGGCACGAGCGCCUCGUGCUCGGCGUCAACGGGGGCCUCGCCUACAUCCUCACUCCCGACUUCGACGACUACGACGAGCCCAUCGUCGUCGGCCCCGACGUGCGGGCCAUCCUGCCGCUUGCGGGCCAGGGCGACACGCCGCCAGCCCUGGCGGGCGUCGCUGUGCACCGCUUCCGCCGCCUCCCGACGGCCGCGGAGCUGUGGGCGGCGGUCGCUCGCUCGGUGGCCGCAGGUUACCCGAGACCUGCUAACCCUCUGCCGCUGGCGCUCGCGGCGGGUAACGUGGCGGGCGCCCCGCCUGGUCCCUUCCCGCUGGCGGACCCUGCGGCGGCCGCCGCCCUGCCGCCUGCGGCCCUGCCGCCACCUCCUGGCGGGGCAGGGGCGGCGCCGCCUGCGGGGGCCGCGGCCCCUCUGGCGAUGCCCCCUGCGGCCGCGGCCGCCGCGGCGGCCCCUCUUGGCGUCGCCCCUGGCGUCGCUGCGCUGGCCGCCGCGCUGGGAGCCGUCCCGCCUGGGCCCGUGGGGGCCUUGCCGCUGGUGCCAGCUCCUGCAGUGGAGGCUGCGCCUCCCGCUGCCGCCCCUGUGGCGCCCGCCCCCGUCGGAGACUUCGGGGUCCUCCCGAUGCAGCUCAACCCGAGGGGCGAGCGCGAGAGGAGGCUCAGUGAGACUGUCAACGCCCUCUCGGAGACGCCUGUGCAGGGCUGGCCCGUGCAAGUGCCGCGUACCCUCCUCUGGUGCCUGUCCUUCAUGUCGACGAUGGCGGGUACGCCCACAGCGUGGCGCCAGAGGUGGCUCACCUCUAUGGCGUUGCCCGACGAGGACGAGUACGCGAAGCUCCACGAGACCCUCUGCCGCGUCCUGGACCUCGCCGUCGUGUACGACCAGCUGCAGAUCGCUGAGAUGGCCUCGUUCGACAUCGUCGCCCGCCAGCUCCAGCUCCUGGAGGAGCGGGUGUACGAGACGCGAUCGGCGCCUCCGAGCGGCGCAGCUCCCAAGGCCAAGGCCGCGGCCAGAGGCGGCGCCGCAGCUGGUUCCUCCAGCUCGCCUGAGACCAGUUACUUCCUCGGCGCAGGCGUCUCAAAGGUCCACCUUUGCAUCUCACCGAAGUUGCCGGAGUACAUCGCAGACCAGAUGAAGGCGGAGGCCGCCAUCAGCAAGGAGAGACCCUUGAGGGCCGACGUUAAGAACAAAUUAUGA